UAUUCUCUUGUAGGGUCUUGCAGUUCGUUAACGCGUUGACGACUUGUAUACGGGUUUUGACUUUAAAGUGAUUUUUUUUCUGGUGUGAUGCGCCUGCGGCAAAUUCGAGGGUUUCAAUCCGGCCAGAUCGAGGUUUUCCGGGUCUAAGUCGUGUCUGCAUUCUCAGUUUUUGAAAGAAACGAUUUUUACUGUGUGCUGAAAGUGCGAGGAGGCAAAACGCAGUGGGCGCGUAGGUCCAAAGUGAAGUUUGCACGACUGUGUCGGGUGUUGUUUUUUUUUUCAAGGGUUUCUGUCGCAUACCUCGACCACCUCGAUGCUUUGAAGUGAAUCAAAAUAACCAUCACGCAAAGAUUCCAACCAUAUAUUUGAUAAGAUUGAAAGAACGCGGCAGAUUUUGCUCGGUGCGCUACCAUCUCGGCACUUUGUGAGGUCCCAUUCGUUCCUGAUCUGAAACAUAAUGGCGACGUUUCAUAUCCAUCAAGAUCCGGAAAAAGAAAACGCCGUGCACGCGGUGCAGGAUAAAGUGCGAAAUAUGCAAAACGCUAAAGAUCGCCGGCCAACGUUCGCCGUUUUGAAUAAUGUGCCCAUGGGCCCCCGGGUCCAACAUGGAAAAGCCACGGCUCUACGUGAAAUCAAAGCGGGCAAAAACCAGCCAAAAGUAAAGGACGUACGAGACGAAAAUUACGGUUAUAGCGGGAAAAGUGCAGUGCAACAAACGGCACAUGUUCCCGUUGAGCAAUUCAAGUCCUUCUCAGUGUACGAAGACGAUCCCGUGGAGAAAAAAUGUGGCGAAAGCGCAAAUAUUUCGAUUGGUGCAAUAAGAGUUCCAUUGAAGGAAGUUUCAACUGGCGAUGGCUUUGCCCAGACACCUAUGUCCCUGGGGGAAGCACCUUCCCCCAUGUCAAUCGAUAGGUCCUCGCAUUUGGAAGAAAUUGAAAAUAAUAAACCCCUCAUUCCGGUGACGCCCGUCAGAAGCAUGCGUGAACGCAUAUUUGAUGUUGAAGAAUAUCAGAUGAAUAUUCUAGAAUAUUACAGAGAGUUGGAGAGGAAAUUUCGGCCCAAAUCUACGUACAUGCAAAAACAGCCGGACAUAAACUAUUCUAUGCGUGCCAUUCUAGUCGAUUGGCUAGUGGAAGUUGCAGAAGAGUAUAGAUUGCAAAAUGAAACGCUGUGUCUGGCGGUGUCGUACGUUGAUCGAUUUUUGAGCUUCAUGUCGGUCGUGAGAGUUAAGCUGCAGUUGGUUGGAACCGCGGCAAUGUUUGUGGCUGCAAAAUACGAAGAAAUCUACCCACCAGACGUUGGUGAGUUUGUCUACAUCACAGAUGAUACGUACACCAAAACACAAGUGUUACGCAUGGAACAAGUUCUAUUGAAAACUCUCUCAUUCACUUUAUGCGUCCCUACAACCGUAGCUUUUAUUAGUACCUAUUCUGUUCUUAUGGAAAUUCCGGAUCAAUUGAAACAUUUGGCGACAUACUUAUGCGAGUUAUCAUUGCUGGAGGGUGAACCUUAUCUCAGGUACUUACCAUCACAAGUUUCAACCGCUGCUCUAGCCCUCGCUCGACAUAUCUUGGAGAUGCCAAUGUGGUGCUCCAAACUCGAAGAAGUCACAUUAUAUUCCUUAGCAUCUGUGAAGGAGGUGAUAUUGAAUCUCUGCAGGACACACAAUUUGUCAACGUCGAUGUCGCAACAAGCAAUACAGGAAAAGUACAAAUCAUCAAAGUACAUGCAAGUGUCGACGAUACCGCCAGUGCAGCUGAGUGAGGAGCAAUUCGAUUGUGUACUCAAAGAGUAUGAAGCAAAAGCCGUUGCGAAUGAAAAUGUACGUAAAAUGAUAUCGUCACUUAUAUUUGUUUAGGGAUACGUUUUCUUUACGGUUUAAAUUUAAAGAUCGAAGUAGAUAGGAUUAGUUAUUAUAUUAUAUAUUUGUGUUUCUGCGGUAACAAUUCAAAGUUAGAUGAUUAUUUAUUUAAGACAGAAAAAGACGUUUAAGAUAUAAACUAAGUAGUGCAAGUGCGUAUUGAUGUUAACGGACAAUCAAACGGAGUAUUGAGAAUAUUCGAAGUGUUGAAAAUCACUUUCUGUGCUAAAGUGUUUAGUGGUUUAACUUAGUUUCACAUAUGACUCCUUGUCUCGAAUAGGCACGUUAUUAAAAUGAAACUUUAAUAAUUAAUUUUGGCAUAAGACCCAAAAAAACAUAAAAGACGUACCCAUUCCGCCUAAUAUUUAUACGAACGUUGAUAUGGGAUUAUAGUGCGGAACUUGGUCCUGAUCUUUCUAUUCAUUGUAAGAGAAAAAGUGUUGCAAUUUAGGAAAAAUGACUAAAGAAAAAAACUCAGUAAGAAUUUAAAUCCAAGUGUAUAGAGUAAAUUUGAACAUUGUAUAGAGUUUAAUUAAGGCUUUGUAUGUUUUGUAUAACUAUCUUUGUUAAGAAAAUGUAUCGAUUGUCCAGCAUUCAGUUGGACACAACAUA